AUUAGUGUCAUUUACUCAUAUGUCAAUGAUUCAGAUCAUUACAGCGCAUCUAAAUAAUACUAAAUCUAUGGUCUUGUCUGAUAUGAAAACUCUUCGGUUACCUAUGUUACCGACAAGUCACAAAAUAUCAUUGAGAUAGAAAAAAUAUAAACAUCUUGUGUCAAGAAUCAUCAUCAGUCAUCUGGCGCGGCAGGGCGCCAUUUUUUUUUUGAACCGAGCACUCGACGCUUAUUUUAUGAAAUCGGCGAAACAUUCAAACGGAUGAAGCAAAUAAUUAAGUAAUCUACAAAAACAAUAAUUUUAUCAAUAAUUUCGAAAAGUGUGAAGUGAUUUGUAUAUGUAUAGAUCAAACGCAUAAUAAAUGCUUUAGUGAAAUUUUAAUAUCACAAAAUGAGUGGUGCAAACUGGAACUCAGAAAGUUCUAAGGAAAAACAACAAGUAUUAAAUAAAUACUGCUUUGUAUGCUUAUGUACUGAUGAGGAGAAGAAUCUAAAGAAUUAUUUCUUUCAAUGCUCUUCCUUGAAAGAAGUACUACAGAUGAACAACAUGGUGCUUUGUUACCUGUGUAGGAAGAUGGCGCAGUACGCUGAAACCUUUAUACAGAGCGUACAAAGUAAUCAGUUGUUACUGGAAAACUUUCAAAAUGUAAUGGAUGAAACAUUAAAAUCAGUGAGAACUCAGAUGCAUCCGCUAGUCAAUUUAUCAUCUGUGUCAUUAAAUGUGAUAGAUGUGAUGGAGAAUGAUGGCUCAGGUCUUGAGGAGUCCUUCUCCGUAGUAUGUUCUAGAAGUAAUAGUGCAGUGCAGAUCAAAUUGGAAAUGAAGGAAGAAGAAUUUAUGGAGCAAUUGGAGGGAGAUUUAGUUAGCGGUUGUGAUGAUUACCAAGAGCCAUUCGUAAAAGAUGAGGAAGACGCAUUCACUUUGGAUAGUUCCUUGAAAGAAGAAUUACAACUAGAAGAACUUGAUAGCCUAAACCUUAUGACACUCAAAGCGACGCUCAAGAAGAAUAAAAUUAAAAAGAAAAAGACAAAAGUAAAAAAAGAAGAUUAUCGAGAUAGCGAUAAGAUUCAGAAGUUUUUCAUUACUAGAGAACAGUGCUUAGAGGAGAAAGCGAAAAUGUUGCAAGACUCCAAGUAUAUUGAGGCAGCCUUCAAAUGUGCAGAUUGCGCCAAACAUUUUACCUGCAAACAACUAUAUGACAAACACAUGGAGAGACAUGAUCAGAGUAUAGGAAAUUACGAAUGUGAUAUUUGCAAGAUAAGAACGGAGUCGGUAGACAAAUUAGUUUCUCAUUUGAAAUGUCACACAAAUCGCUACAAAUGUCGGGAAUGUGGACUAGUACGAGCUUGUAGGACAACGAUUCUAGAUCACUUCUCCGCAUAUCACAGUGAGGGAGUCUUUUACAUUUGCCCUUAUUGCAGCAAGACUUUCAAACGUCAGGCAUGUCUCCGCAAGCACGUGUCGGGGCACCGUUCGCGCGCCCGAGUCCACUGCGUGCAUUGCCAGCGAUCCUACAAAGACGCAGACGGUCUACGAGCCCAUAUGCUAUUGAAACACGCCAAAGAGAUAUCAGCUCGGGAGGUAAGCAAAAAGUAUGUCUGCCAAGAGUGCGGCACGGCGUUCAAGACACCUUCGCAUCUGAAGACCCAUGGACUUAAGCAUACUGACUCCCGGAACUAUUAUUGCGUCGAAUGUGACAAGAGUUUCAAAUCGGCUGCGACGUUGAAGACACAUUUGCAGACUACAGCUAAACAUACUAAAUAUAUAGAGUUACCGUUAAAAUGCCAACAUUGUGAUAAGCGUUUCGCGAUCCGUCGCGACCUGGAGCGACACACAAACAGAAUACAUCUUAAGCUCAAACCUUUCUCGUGUGACAAGUGUGACAAGAAUUACGUGAACUCAUGGUCCUUGAAACAGCAUCAGAUGUUGAUCCACGAGGGGUACAAGCGGCCCCUGGCGUUCCCGUGUUCCAUGUGUGAUAAAGUCUUUGAUCGAAAGCAAGUUUUGAAGGCUCAUUUGCGAACCCACACCGGCGAGCGUCCCUACCAAUGCAGCAAAUGUCCAGCCCAGUUCAGUCAAUCCAGCAUUUUACGGACCCACGUUAGACUUAUACAUCUAAAACUGACUAGGGAUGGUCGACCUAAGGUCAAAUGAAGGCCUAAAUAGCUUAACUUUUUCUAUAGAAUACUACGGCUAAAUAAAAGUUUUGACCUCAAUUUUAUGUCACGGGUCAGUCAACCUAUGGGCAAAAUUACCUGAUGGUAAGCAAUCAGCGCCGCCCAUGGACACUCGUGGUACUAAAGGAGUUACUAGUUGCGUAGGUAGUGUUGCUGUUACCGUUAGUGCCGUAAAACUGCAUUUCAUUAACAGCAAUUACAUUUAUUUCUACGGCAUUUUUGUUUCUACGGCACAAGAACGAGUGCAUAUCUAAUACCUCGAUUAUUAAAUUCUUUACCAACGUAUGCGUAAUACCAUAACCAAAAAUAACAUAAAAUAUAAAUUAAGAACACAUUUCUUCGCAAAUAUGUAACAGAACACUACCGAGUUCA